AUGAAAAGAGACUUAGGUGAUGUCGCUGUUGAAAUCCCAGAUGAUGCGAAUAAUGCAGAACAUGAUGAUAAGACGAGUGAAAUCGACGGCAUAGCCAACCAGUCGGACUCGGUUGUAAUAGGCUCAAAAGAGGAUGUCAAGUCUCUAGACACAGAAGUAGCAGUUGAGAAACAGGAGCAAGUAGACAAUGGCGAAGAAGACCAUAUUCCAUCUCCAUCACCUUCGCCGACAGGCAGUGGUGGUGAAAAUGGCAAGAACAAAGACGAUGAACCAGAGGAGGAACAACAUCAACUAAACCCCGAGAGAUCACUGUCACUAAGAUCGAGGUCGGAGUUGCUCCCACCGGAAAUGGAAAAUAGGGAAGAAGAGGCGGUAGAGGAUGAUGACGAGGCGGAAUUAAACAGUGUCACAGGGGUGGAGCGGCCACAACUGGCGUUGGCAGUUGUAGAGGAGGAGGAGGGGGCUGAAUUCAAGACCCUACAAAACCACAAGUCAUUCCUCUUGGAUCCGAAUUCUUCUCUUGAAGAUGAAUCUGGUACAGAAGAGGACCAAGCGGCAUUCAUGAAGGAGCUUGAAAUUUUCCAUAAAGAGAGGUGUUUGGAGUUCAAGCCUCCAAGGUUUUAUGGAGAGCCAUUAAAUUGCCUCAAGUUAUGGAGAUCAGUGAUCAGACUUGGUGGCUAUGAACAGGUGACCUCAUGCAAGGUGUGGCGACAAGUGGGAGAAUCAUUUAAACCCCCAAAGACUUGUACAACUGUCUCGUGGACAUUCCGCUGUUUUUAUGAAAAGGCAUUGCUUGAAUAUGAGAAGUAUAAAAUGAGCAAUGGAGAGCUGCCAUUCACAGAUGCUGCUUCUACAGAACCUCCUUCUGGUGCAAAACAGACAAGUCAAAGUCAAACUCCUGGAUCAGGAAGGGCAAGGCGAGAUGCAGCAGCACGAGCCAUGCAAGGUUGGCAUUCACAGCGUCUUCUUGGUAAUGGCGAGGUUGGGGAUCCCAUCAUUAAGGAUAAGACUCCAAGCACGGCAAUAAAGCGUGAGAAACAAACCAUUGGUCUGUUGAAGCGUAAAAAACCAUCUUCAGUUGAGCGGGCGGUCAAAGUUGCACGCAUGAAAGCGUCAAAACCACAUUUGGACUCCAUGGUUGUGGAUGUGGGCCCGCCUGCUGAUUGGGUGAAAAUCAAUGUUCAGAGAACUAAGGAUUGCUUUGAGGUGUAUGCUUUGGUUCCUGGGCUUUUGCGUGAAGAGGUGCGUGUACAGUCAGAUCCAGCUGGGCGGUUAGUUAUAUCCGGUCAACCAGAACAGCUGGACAACCCUUGGGGCGUUUCUCCUUUUAAAAAGGUUGUGAGUUUACCUUCAAGGAUUGAUCCUCAUCAAACGUCGGCUGUGGUGACAUUGCAUGGUCAGUUGUUUGUGAGAGUGCCAUUUGAGCAGUCAGAGGUGUAGAAUGAAUAGAUAUGCAGAUAAUUGUUGACAAGGUUUUAGUGGUAGAAGAUAUGUUUACUUUUUGUGCAGUUCAUGUUCAUGUUCUGAGUACUGUAUUUACUAUUUAGUAUUUUAGUGAGGCUUAAUUCAAAACUUUGACUUUUGGUGGGCUUGC